AUGGCGUUAGCAGGGAGCUUCAAGAGGUCGGACACCAUUGCGGAGAGCAUGCCGGAGGCUUUGAGGCAGAGCCGGUACCAGAUGAGGCGUUGCUUCGCCAGGUAUGGCGCAGCUCGUCUCUGAAAGAUUUCCUUGACGUUCUUUGAAAUUGACAGGAAAGACAUGGCACAACAGGUUCGUCAGUAAGGGCAAGAGGCUGAUGAAGAACCAGCAGCUGGUGGAAGAAAUGGAGAGCGCGUUGGACGACAAGGCUGAGAAAGCUAAACUCAUGGAGGGCUUCCUCGGUUACAUCAUAUGCUCCACCCAGGUUCGUAUUUCUUCUUCUCUUCGAUUCCAAGGAGAACUUUACCCAUCUCGGGGCCUCUACAUGCAGGAGGCCGUCGUUCUCCCGCCCAUCAUCGCCCUCGCCGUCAGGCCGUAUCCCGGAAUCUGGGAGUUUGUCAGGGCCAACUCCGACGAUCUGUCCGUGGAGGACAUCACCAUGUCCGACUACCUCAAGUACAAGGAAUCUAUAUACGACGAGAGAUGGUACACGUGGCGUGUUGACAUUUCCUUGCAUGUGGCCGCCGGAAGCUCCAUUCCUCACGUGGGCUAUUCUCUCGCUUUCUGCAGGGCCAAGGACGAGGACGCCUUGGAAGUUGACUUUUCGUCGUUUGACUCGCACGUGCCUCGCCUGACGCUGCCGUCGUCCAUCGGGAACGGGAUGGAGUUCAUCGCCAGGUUCCUGUCUUCCAGGCUGAGCCAGAGCCCCGACGAAAGCAUGAAGCCUCUGCUGGAUUACUUGCUUGCUCUCAACCAUCGAGGAGAAGUGAGAUCCUCUUGUCUUCCAUGAUCUAUGGAAACCAACGGAUUACGUUAAUAGUGCAUCAUGCGGCCAUAUGCAGAAGUUUCUGAUUAACGAGAGCGUCAACACGGUGGUCAAGCUUCAGACGGCGCUGUUGCUGGCUGAAGUCUUCGUCUCUGGGCUUCCCCAGGACACCCCAUUCCAGAAGUUCGAGCACAGGUGACGACGCCAGACCGGGGUGCCGGAGACUACGGAGGGGCAGACAUAGGCUUACGGCAUAUCCCCUGUGUGUUUCAGGUUCGAGGAGUGGGGACUGCUGAAGGGAUGGGGUGACAGAGCCGACCGCGUCAGGGAGACUCUCCAUUGUCUCUCCGAGGUCCUGCAGGCACCUGACAUAGUGAACAUAGAGAAGCUCUUCGGCAGACUUCCUUCCAUCUUCAACGUCGUGAUCUUCUCUCCCCACGGAUACUUUGGCCAAGCUGAUGUCCUCGGCUUGCCAGACACAGGUGGCCAGGUUAGCGAAUGGUAUCUUCCUGCAGAAGCAAGAGCGAUAGUGGCCAGGUUUAUCUGACUCUGCGGUCUCUGUUCUUCAACAGGUGGUGUACAUACUGGAUCAAGUCAGGGCAUUGGAGGAGGAACUCCUCCUCAGAAUCAAGCAGCAGGGGUUGACUGUUAAGCCUCAUAUCUUUGUGGUGAGUUGGGGGCGGGUACGGGGGGUGAGGGAGGGGUGUUGUUGGUCUUUAAUUUUCUAUGAGCUUGGAGCAAUGAAACGAGCGGUGUACCUUCCUUCACAGGUGACACGGCUCAUACCAGAAGCUCGGGGUACGAAGUGCAACCAGGAGCUGGAGCAGAUUCUCGGCACCACCCACUCCUACAUCCUUAGAAUCCCGUUCAAGACGGAAAAUGGGGUACUUCAGGAAUGGGUAUCUCGUUUCGACAUCUACCCAUACCUGGAGAGAUAUGCUCAGGUAAGAUCUUGUUUCCUUCGUCUCAUUCUUCUUUUUAUCCUUGGAAGUUUCGUGGUUUGGUGUCCCCAAUCGUGGAUUUUUCUUGCAGGAUGCUACUGCCAGGAUUCUGGAGUUCAUGGAAGGGAAGCCAGACCUGAUCAUAGGAAACUACACAGACGGAAACUUAGUAUCCUCUCUGGUGGCUGCCAAGCUGGGAGUAACACAGGUGCCGCUGGUUCUCCAGUACUCGUUUACUUUGGAUUGGACUUUAUGGUCACACCCCAAUCUACAGGACUAAGAACAAAGAUGAUUUCUUUAGUUGAUGUGAGCAAAUAUCCAUGCUAAAUUAUUCUUAUACAAGCUAUAAAACAUCCGAACAAGCAGGGAACCAUAGCUCAUGCUCUGGAGAAAACCAAGUAUGAAGACUCCGACGUCAAAUGGAAGGAACUAGACCCAAAGUAUCACUUCUCUUGCCAAUUUACAGCCGACAUGAUUGCCAUGAACUCUGCAGACUUCAUCAUCACGAGCACAUACCAGGAAAUUGCAGGAAGGUUGGGGAAUUGAUGCGUCUCUUUUGUGCUUGCAGUGCUUCUCUUACUCCAUUUGAGACAUCUCUCUAACGUCUUCUGGGAGGUCUAUGUUUGUCACAGCAAAAGCAAGCCAGGACAGUAUGAGAGCCACCUCGCAUUUACGCUUCCAGGGCUGUGCCGAUUCGUGUCAGGAAUCAAUGUGUUUGAUCCAAAGUUCAAUAUAGCUUCCCCUGGGGCAGAUCAGUCUGUGUACUUUCCCUACACACAGAAACAUAAGAGAUUGACUUCAUUUCACCCUGAAAUCGAGGAGCUGCUGUUUAAUAACAAGGACAAUGAUGAGCAUUUGUAAGCCUCACCAUUAGUGAUGAUUACUUUCCCUCAUUGGUAUUCUUCCAGUCAUUGCUGAUCCACCUUCAUUUCUCUUUCUCUUGAAAUUGAUGAGAGCAGUGGAUUCCUAGAGGACAGGAAGAAGCCCAUCAUCUUCUCCAUGGCGAGACUAGACACAGUGAAGAACAUUUCAGGCCUUACCGAAUGGUAUGGGAAGAACAAAAGGCUCAGGAGUCUGGUCAAUCUUGUUGUUGUUGCGGGCUUUUUCGACCCAUCCAAGUCAAAUGAUCGGGAAGAAAUCAGUGAGAUCAGGAGGAUGCAUGUCCUAAUUGAGAAAUACAACUUGAAGGGCCAGAUUAGAUGGAUUACUGCCCAGAAAGACCGCCUCAGGAACGGUGAACUCUAUCGCUGUAUUGCCGACACGAAGGGGGCUUUUGUGCAGGUCAGAACUCGUUUGUCUUUCAGAAAUCAUUAUCAUCAUCAUUUACCUUGUUUUUGUCUGUUGCAUUAUCCUGACUUCCGCAAUGAAACAAUCCAGCCUGCACUGUAUGAAGCAUUUGGGCUUACAGUCAUCGAGGCAAUGAACUGCGGGCUGCCUACCUUUGCCACAAACCAGGGAGGUCCAGCUGAGAUCAUCGUCGAUGGGGUCUCUGGUUUCCACAUCAACCCCAACAACGGAGAGGAAUCAAGCAACAAAAUUGCAGAUUUCUUCGAGAAAUGCAAAGAAGACUUGAGGCACUGGAACAAGGUGUCUACUGCUGGUCUGCAGAGAAUCUGCGAAAGGUAAUAAAAAUAACCGAGUGACGGCGAAGAGAAUUCCCCUUCGCAUGUUUUGGUCCACGCACAUAAAUUUUGUCGAUCCAUCUUCUUGCAGCUACACAUGGAAGAUCUAUGCGAACAAGGUGGUGAACAUGGGGUCGAUGUAUGGCUUCUGGAAGCAGCUGAACAAGGACCAGAAACUAGCCAAACAGAAAUACAUCCAGAUGUUCUACAAUCUCCAGUUCAGAAAUUUGGUGAGACUGGACUGCACUACUGAUUGGAGAAGAAGUCCCGUUCGUCCGUGUCAAGGCAUGUGAUCUCUUUCCCUCCAUGCCAUGUGUUGCAGGCAAAGACAGUACCAGUGGCACACAGUGAGACCCCAUCACCAGCAGCGGCGGCAGGAAACGUGCCCAUAUCUCGGAUUCCUCAAAGGCAAGUCUGCCUUCGGCUGCUCUCUAUGGUUAUCAAGUACCUCCGUGAUUCCUUGCGCUGA